GUUUUUUUCUUCUUCUUCUUCUUCAUUCCUCCUCUUCUUGUGCCCGAGCGCCAUCCAUCGAAGUCGACCCUUCUCCGGUGCGCCGCUCCUCUACUUCUUGAGCUGACGGCAAAACAUCGCCUCCGGCAAUUUUAGUCCUCCAUUUUGUUUUGUAUUUUUCGAGGUUUUUUUUGUAUUUUAUUUUACCUUUUUUAUUCUUUCCUUCCUUCUUCUUUCCUUUCGGCUCGAUUUUCACUUGUGAUGAUCAAACCUGAACGAGUGGUGAGCCGUACACAACGCGCUCGCUAAACCUUCGCGACAAGAAGUUAAGUUAGUUUUAAUUAUUUCUGUUUUUUUGCGGGGAAAAAUCUAAGAAAGUGGCCGUCACACAACGUUCGUUUCAAUCAUCACAUCGUGUGAUUGCAGUCGUUCGGAAUUUAGUUUUUCCCACGUGAAAGUGUCUCUUUUAGUUGUGCCGUGUCGUUGUCCGUCAUGACAUCAUCAACUGACUCUUGCAUUAUUCAGACGUGCUGCACAAGUGCACGCACGUAACUGAUGGCGAUUUCUACUCGUCGGUUUGUCUUCCGUUCUCAUUUUUUGUCGCCGUUCAUUGUUUGACUUGGCGGCCUCUUCACUUGCGACUAGGAACAACGUUGAAAAUCAUCUGGGCCAAUUGCAAUCAAACAAUUUUUUUUUUUUCCUCGUCGUGUAGGUGUCGCUUUUGUGAGCCCUCCAGUUAUUACCACCUGCACGAGUGCUACGGUCGUUACUUGAAAUUUGGCCGUCAGCUGUUAGUUGCAAGUAACCAAUGUGAAGUUGCGUUAGUUGCUCUUAUUGCAAGUGAGACUUUUAGUGCAAGAAAUCAACAACAACAAAAUUCUCCAGAACAACUUGACGACCGUGAGAGUUUAUUCCGUUAAUUUUCAUUAACAUUCUUACAACGUGUGUGUGUGAACAGUUGGGAUUCGCCCGCCAAGUGCAUCAUCGAGACGUGUUACGUCUUCUGCGGCAACAGAUCGACCGUGACGGAAGCCAAAGUCGGAGGAAUUUCAAAGAUAAAACGAAAAGAAAGUGGGGUGAACUAAUCAACCAACCAACUGCCAAUUGGAAAAGAAGAAGAAGAAAGCCAACAGGACAACAAACAAAAAAGGUGGGAGGGCGGACUUGAGGAAGAUAAGAAGAGAAAAAAAAAUCAGUGUAAUGGCAGAGUCGUGGGAAAUGACAGGCCGUGAACGACGGUACUCGGUGCCGGCCAUCGCCCAGCUCCAAUCUGGCGCUCCGGCGGCUUAUGGUGAUAACAAUCCGCGUACGACCAACACGGCCGAAGAUCUACACGCCUGGUCUAUCUAUAGACAAAAUCUCAAUUCAGAUUUCGCCGAUUCGGCACUCGGCAGCAACAUGAAAGCUCCUUUACCUUACGGAAACUUCCAGUUAGACUCCACUACCAUUAAUUCAAUCAUGAAUCAUCCGAAAUGUGGACCUAAAUCAAAUCUGGCUCACAACACCAACGCCUAUCUGAAAUUCGGUUUGCCACGUGUCGUGGCCCGUUCAGGUCGCGAAGAGUCCAGCGGUUAUGAUUCGAGUAACGACGGCUCGCCCGUCAUGCGAUCCAAGAAUCUUCUAUUAUCUCGCAGCGAUCCAGACUUCCGCAAAAAUCUCAUCCAGAAUCCUAACGGUGCGAUUGAUGGCCAACAAGGCCAUAAAAGUAGAAGCCGAGAGCAACGCAUGAAGAGCAUCAGCGAAGCCAAUCUGUUGUCAGCUGAAGGAUUCCGGCAAAGACCUGAUCCGACCACGCCUCAUUUGAGCAGCGGAGGAGGAUUCAAUAGUCGACCAGUCAGCCAGCAAUCGAAAUAUUCCAAAACGGGUGCAGGUGGUGGCGCGUCGUCUCACCUGUCGUUCCAGUCGCGACAACAGCAACGCAGUCGACACAUUCAGGGUCUUCCGGGCGGAGGCGGAAUCGUCGGUAGUGUCACAGGUGCCGGAUUCAGCGUCUAUCCACAAAGGGACGAGAUCAUGCUCAACGAGAAAUAUUUUCCGCGUGACGAAUACUUCGCCCAGCACCAGCAACAAUUCAAUGACGGAAAUAAUGAUGGCGACGAACUGAUGGCCCACCAACAGCCGCAUAUUAAACAUCCGCAUUUACAAGUGCGUGGGCUCAGUUACGACAGACCAACGGUAAACCGCAACAGAAUCCAUUUGCUGGACGACAUUUCGUUCGAAGCCAGGGCCGGCGAAAUCCUCGGAAUUCUGGCAACAUCAGAACGGGAAGGAACGGCCUUGCUGGACAUUUUGGCCAACUUACCACGCCAAUGGGGUUUCAAAGUGCGAGGCGAUUUGGUUGUGAAUGGCGUCACUAUGACAUCGGCUGGCCUGUCCGAUCGGCUGGCCUACGUUCAACAGGACAUCCGCUGGUGUCCGGACAUGACCGUCCGCCAGACGUUGCUCUUCACUGCUUUGCUACAGGCACCUGGCCGGCCAGCUCGCAAUUUCGAUACCAAAGGCAGAAUCGAUGCUUUAAUUACGGAUCUUGGACUUGAACCGGUGCGGAACACGCGGGUCGGCCGGCUGACAGUGUCGGAACGGCGUCGUCUCAACGUUGCGUCGCAUCUCCUUCUCGACACUGACAUUGUCCUAUUAGAUCAGCCGACCAAAGGCAUGGACAUCUUCGACACGUUCUUCCUCGUCGAGUACCUGCGCCAAUGGGCGGCUCGUGGGCGUAUUGUCCUCUUGACUGUCCAUCCACCCACUUAUGAAAUCUUCACCAUGCUCUCCAGAGUGGCAUUAAUUUCUUCCGGUCGGAUGAUGUACUGCGGCCGUAGACGUGAAAUGCUACCCUAUUUCGCCUUCAUCGAAUUUCCGUGCCCGGCCUACAAGAAUCCUUCCGAUUAUUAUCUUGAUCUGGUGACGUUGGACGAUUUAACUGGAGAAGCUCUGCUCGAGUCGAGCCAACGUGCAGAGCAUUUAGCCGAAACAUUUCGUCGCAGACAGGAGCCGCUGUCUGAUCCUGGCCCUCCAGGAAUAUUGCCUCCGCGUAAUAAACGCGCUAAUUUCCUCCUCAAGAUUGCUGCUUUAUGGAUACGUUCGCUCGUGUUUACAUUCCCGACGAACUUGCGGCGUUGGUUUGCCGUCUUGACGACGAGCGUCGUUAUGUCACUCAUUCACGGCGCCAUUUUUUGGAACGUUCGUUCAACCCAUCACGGUUUACUGGCCGAGCAGGAGGACAUAAACGACAGAUUGGCGCUGCACUACGUACUAGGAACGGUGGCCAUUUGGCCUACGCUCAUGCUGAUGAUCACCGACGUGUGGAAGGAGAGGGACUCGCUGGAGCGUGACGUCAAGGAUCGACUUUUUGGCCGAUGGGUUCAUUUUGCUUCCAAGACGACGUCAAGUUUUCUGGCAGCUGGAGGCAUUUUCAUGGGCUAUCUGUUACCCGCUUACGCCCUAGCAGGUUUUAAUACGGCAGAAGGCCUAUUCAUCGAAAUAGGGUACAUGAUGUUUUAUCUUUACGCCAUUCGGAUCAUGACGCUGAGUUUGGCCAGUCUCUGUUCUUCACGUCAUGUGGCCACUGUGGCCAGCGCUGUCCUGGUCACGUUAACGGCACUCGGUUCCGGCUUCGCUGUCCAGUUGCAGACAAUGAACUGGUGGACGUCUUGGCUUCGUUGGGUGUCGCCUCUGCGCUGGACGCUCCAUUCGUUGCAACGGCUGGAUUUCGGCAACGCAACUCAAUCAUUUGAGUGCUCGCGAAACCCGUUGACCCGACAAGAAGCACCUGGAUUGGUUCUAAAGAUCCCCUGCGGCCUGUCCAGUGGCUCUCAGGCGCUCAGCUACUGGGCCCACCAAUUUGAUUGGCUACCCCUGGGCCCUUUGUUGCUACCUCUUUUGGCCGUCCUGGCCUUCUGGGCAUUGUUCGCUUUGAUUCAAUCAAUCGUCCUAUUGUUCUCAAAGCCAGUCGGCCGCAAAUUGUCGCGACACAAAAACAUGAAGUUCCGAUAAUUUUCGAAAAAAAAAAACCAAAACAAAUGGAUAAACAAUCUCUUAAUAUAAUGCUAUACCAACUAGCGCUCCUUCCCUUAGUUGGUUGGCAUCCCCUCAAUUUCCAUAUAUAGUAUAUAAUUAUGAUAUCAUUCCCGACGUGUGUGUAUGUGUGUGUAUUUUUGGUUUCAUAUGCUUACAUGCAAAAAAUGAAGCGCUGUCGAAAUUAAACAAGUGCAACGCCUUC